AUAGGCCAUAUUGCUAGGACCAUUCGACCAUUCGGAUUGUCGGUUUUUAUAAUUUAUUCAAAUAUAAAUAUAAUAAUUGACAUUGACAAUCAAAAACUCAAGCUUUGAAAGCAAAUUCGGUUAUAAUUGUCUGAGAUGAACGCGGCGAGUAUGCUGUCGGCCAACAAGGUUAAACUGCACGGCAUGACCUCAAACAGAUGGACAACGAAAGACAAAAUCAUCCAGUACAAGGGCCUUAUCAAACUAUAUACUAGAGACCGCAAAAUCAUGGAAAUCGAUAGCGGGGUGGCGGCAAAGAAACAAACCCACGAAUUGAAGAAAUUACGCAAGCAAAUCGGUGAUGACAGGCAAGCGUUGGACAACGCCAUCUGCGGCGACAAGCAGAAACUGAGAAACACGUUGGCCGCGCACAGGGAAAUGCAGCUUGCCUACCAAUACGCGCAGCCCCAGAAAGUUAUAGAGAUGGUGGAGCAGGUGAACUUCAACAAAAGAAAGGCGCGUGAUCUGCUACAGUACAAGAAACAUUUAAAAAAGCAAGAACUUAUACAAAGAAAGCUGCGCUAUGGUGAACUAGAAGACAGCAUUAAAUUUGAACACCUGAGCUGGCAGAGCCAGCUGCCCAAUGAGCGAUUGGCUCACAUCAUAACAGGCAAAGUGCAGGAUGCGAUUUUAAAAAAGGAAGCUGCCAUUGUGGUGCGCGAUACCUACAAACAAAUGAUCGCAGUCAUGAAAAAAGACGCACUGUACUUUGACGCCAUUUUAGAGGCGAUCAAGCGGGAUGGCCUCAACCAAGGAAAAUGCAUGAUAAACGCGACGAAACUGGGGCAGCUAGCCACCGAAUAUUUAGACGAUCGGCGGCAAGAGUUCGAAAUGCUCGAAAAAGUGAUCAAAAGGGAUUUGGGGAACAGAAGGAAAGAUUUGGCGAUGGUGAAACAACGGGUCGAAAGUUUUGGACACAAUGUUAAAAAUUUGGUUAGGCGCGACAGCGAUAUCAACUUGGGCACCUUUCAUUUGGAAUCGUCCGAAAGCUAUACGAAUUUGAGAAAAGAUGUGGAAACUAUUGAAUCCACCCUGAGGUUGAUCAAGGACGCCAUAUUUGUGCCUAACCUGGAGUCUAUCUACCCAUGCCUCCAGGAGCAAGUGAGACAAAAAAACCGCCUCUCGGCUAUGGUUGAAAAAUGCGAGUCCACCAAAGCGGAACUGUUAAAACGAGUCAAACACGGAGAAGUAAUCGAGUCCGAACUUAAAAAUGCCACUAUUAACAACACCCAUGAGUACAAGCGGAAAAAGCGACAUUUUUUCAAAGAAGUUGAAAACCAAAGCACGAAGAACGUCGAUUUGGCUAAAUUAAUACACAACAGGCGCCAACUGGCCGCCAAAGUGCGGAUAUCACUUAAACACUUACAACUUCUGGCCUCGCUGCUUUCCGACGACGCGAGGCCGCACUCAACCGCCCGAAAGUUGUACGCCGAAUUUGGAAGACCUCAGGCGCCCCCAGCAGACGAAAUCGACGGCACCCGGAUCGUACGAGAACUGAUCGAACGUUUCACGAAACUGUCGCGGGCAGCUAAAGUCACGUUAAUCGACGACGACCGCUACCACGCCUACAAACUUUUCGAACAAAUGAUGCGGGAAUCGACACGCUCGAAAAAAGAUGACAAAGUCCUGAGCGAAUCGCUAAUCGAUCCGAUUUUUCUGGACCCUCACGUGUUUACGCGCGAUGACAUCAAGAAACGCAGCGAGGAAAUAGUGAUGGCGAAUCGAGUAGAAGACGAAUUUGCCGAUUAUAGAAAAAAAUAAACAAGCGACGUUGCUUUUA